UUAUCCAUCACAUCUUACGAUCAAGUUGUUCUUUGCGUUCUCAUCGCCUACAAUUUGACUCUCCAGUGUCCAUUGGAAGCGCCCGAUACUUUUACACAUUUCUCUGCGUUGGAGAAGUUUGUUUCAAGGGGAGUCAAAUAUCGAUGGCGACAUUCUGCAAAACUAUCUGACUGAUGGAUUGCAGUUGCUAACCAAAUAAGACUGAUGCAAAGUGCUGCUGCAACAUGCUUCUGGAUGCAACAUCAUCACUGGACCGUGCUGAAACUGUUCAAGAUGACAGUAUUCGGCGAGUGAGAGAGGCAGGAUCCGAUAGUAGUCCAUAUUUCGAGGAAAGACACGCAAUUGAUUGCACAUCAUUCAAUCCACAAGAUGCAAGGCACUCACUUGCUUCAGGCAUGGAAAGUCAUACUCAAAAAAGAAAGCUAGGUGGCGACCCUUCCAAUACUACUCCUGAGGAUUUCGAACGGCACUCGAAUUCGCCCAUUGUCCCAUUACGUUCGCUUCCCAAUCACCGGGUAGAAUCAAUGCCUCAUCUCUCCCACGAGCUCCCAUUACUAUCAAAUGUAUCUCAGCAUGGAAACGCUCGGGAUGACGAAUAUGGCGACACACAACCCAAUACUGCCUCGAUCAAGACCACCUUGCAUCAAUAUAGCCAAGAGUCGCCCACGCAGAUCAACAUCGCCGUUGAGCCCGCUGUCAAGAAGCAAGUGAUUGCAGAUGUAAGCCUGCCAGAUACUCAACUGAGUUCUCGAAAUAGUAUCGGAUUGUCCAAUGACUAUCAAGACUCGCCUACACAGAUAAAUCCAACCAAUGAUCUUACUUCCACGGAUUCUUUUGAGCAAGAUGAUCUUUCGAUCGAUAUGCAAGUCAAUCCCCAGAGUGUCGCCAGUUUCAUUGCCGACGAAUUGGCGCAUUCUGCCAGGGAAACCUCCUCUAUUACCCAGCACUUCCAUUCUACCAAAGCACGCAACUUCGGGUCCCGAAAGGAAGCCGUACCAGUCGGAAGCUUUGAUAAUCCCACAACUCUAUUUGAUGUUACCCAAAAGUCAAAAUGGAGCGAAGCUAGUUUCAUGCAUCAGGACCCAGAAGUUGACUCUAUCCAUCGCGAGUCAAAUGACAGCAGUGUGCUUGGCGAUAAUAAUUUGCCUGGCACACAAGAAGUAUGUUCAGUCGAACUUGGAGAUCUCCCUCGAGAUGUUGGACCUUCCUCUCCACAAUACAUGACCGCUCUUCAUAUUGAGAAGCAGCCUCUGUUCAAUCCGAUUUACGGACAUGGCCCGAGUCAAACGCCAAUGGUCGAAGACGGUGAUCUCCCAGACACACAGUCUGGAAGGUCAGCUAUUCCUCAUGAUCAGGCAUUGAGUCAUGAUUCUGCAAUGAGAUAUGAAGAUUCACAAGCUACUCAAGCUACUCAAGGUGACACAGACGUCGCUUUCAGCCCUCUUGGAAGCUUGCCAGCCCUGAAUGAAAUGCAGUCGAAAAACAAAGAUCAACAAGUCCGCAAAGACCCUGAAGUCGUGGUGCAGCCGGGCCUUUCAGCAUCUGCCAACUCUGUUAAGCCUGGAGAGAAAGCACCACUCAACAAGCUUACAUGCCGGGAGAGGAAGCGUAUUGCUACAUCGUACAAUCGUCCACCGAGUCUCACUAAAGCAAUGAAGCAAUGGGUUACGAAGACUCACAACCUAUUGGACCCUUUUCGGGAAGACGAUGACUGCUGGUUCCAUCCUUCACCACCACCAGCUCGGUUUACAGCCUCUGGAGUCUUAAGGCCUUGCGGCAAACUUCAGAAGUGCUUUACUUGGCAGGAUCACCGCGGGAAGCACUCUCUUGUUCUCAACUAUGGCAUGGUGUCAAAAAUCGUCAAUUUCAAAUUGACAAAGCAGCAAAAAGAUGGCUUCAUCAACAAGCAGUGGCACUUGUCCCAUUUGUGCGGCAAUUGGACAUGUCUGAAUCCGCGUCAUACGACUGUAGAGCCAGGCAAAAUUAACAUCAGUCGCAACAACUGCUUCUCUCAUCGAUCCGGGUGUCUUCAUGAUCCUAAAUGCUUGAAGGAAAAGAAAGUUCCACUUGCUCCUGACGGAAAGCCCAUUGACCAUGACGCUUCCACUGGCCAGGGAGCAAGUCAGAAGCCAGUUGAAGACUGGGAUGAAUGGGCUAUGCACAGCUUUGACGACGGUGAAGUCUCGGUAUUAAUCGAUGACCAGGACGAAACGGAAUUUGCAAUGAACGGAGAAGACGAGGAUGAGACGGAGGUGGAAGUGCUAUCUUCUUGAGAAUAUUUCUGUGAAUGCGAACACCAUUUGCAUUCCUUAGGACCCAUUCCUCGUCAGUUCACCCCUAUGCUGAACAACCUUUCUCUCUGUUAGCCUUCAAAUUGCAGGAGUUUUUUUUUAUUUUUUAAGUCACUGUCUUUUCCUCGAUCCGCGUCUAUGUGGCG